CUCUUUUUUUUUGACAGGUCCUCAUCCUUACUUUCCAAACGCAAUGAGUACCUUUGGUAAACUUUUCAGAGUCACCACCUUCGGUGAAUCACACUGCAAGGGCGUCGGUGCCAUCAUCGAUGGUGCUCCCCCUGGUAUGGAACUCACUGAAAAUGACAUUCAACCUCAGUUAACGAGAAGACGACCUGGCCAAAGCAAGCUCACAACACCGAGAGAUGAAAAGGAUCGAGUUACCAUUCUUUCUGGUACCGAGUAUGGCAUCACCCUCGGAACUCCUAUCGGAUUGCAGGUACCAAACCUGGAUCAGCGUCCUCACGAUUAUGGUGAAAUGGAUAUCUACCCCCGUCCAUCCCACGCUGACUGGACCUAUCUUCAAAAGUAUGGCGUUAAGGCAUCAUCAGGCGGUGGUAGAGCUUCUGCACGUGAAACUAUCGGUCGUGUAGCUGGAGGUGCCAUUGCUCAAAAGUACCUGAAGCUUACAAACAACGUCGAGAUCGUCGCCUUUGUAUCAAGCGUAGGAAAGGUUGCGAUGCCUUUUGUCAAUCAACUCGAAGAUGAGGAACCUGUCUCUGCUGAAUUUUACGAUAUGCUGAACACCAUCACCCAGGAGGAAGUUGACAAGGAUAUCACUAGAUGCCCCCAUCCUGAGACAGCUGAGAAGAUGAAAGAGUCGGCAGAGAAGGACUCUAUUGGUGGAACGGUCACUUGUGUUAUUCGCAAUUGCCCUGUCGGUUUGGGAGAGCCGUGUUUUGACAAGCUUGAAGCUAUAAUGGCUCAUGCAAUGUUGUCUAUUCCCGCUACUAAGGGCUUUGAAUUUGGCUCUGGUUUCCAAGGCACAAAAAUCCCCGGCCAUCUUCAUAACGAUGCCUUCGUUCGUAAGGAGGAUGGUACAUUAGGUACCAAAACUAAUAACUCUGGCGGUGUACAGGGCGGUAUCACAAACGGUGAAAACAUCUAUUUCAGAGUAGCCUUUAAGCCCGCUGCUACUAUAUCCAAGGAUCAAGAAACUGCAUCGUACGACGGUGCUUGGGGAACAUUGGCAGCCAAGGGUAGACAUGACCCAUGUGUUGCACCCAGAGCUGUUCCUAUUGUUGAGGCCAUGGCUGCGCUCGUCAUUAUGGACUCUUUCCUCCAACAACAAGCAAGAAAGGCAUCUGCAGCAUUACUUCCUUCAGUAGAAAUUCACCAUUCAUUGCUCGGUGUUCCACCAAAAAAAUAAGCUUAUAAAAUAUAGACUACGAUAGCAUUUCAUUGUAGACAUAUUGACUUAUUUAUUCUGGGGUUAAUCAUGGGUGGUUGCGCUAAUCACUAUCGUCUUCAUCUUCAACUAUCGUGCGUACUCCUUGCUUUGCUUCUCUUGAAGGCAUU